AACAGCGCCAAUAUGGCGACUAAAAACACAGCGGCGUAGUGGAUGUUAUUUUAAUUAGAGAUAUUAUAUAUUUUCCAGGCUGAAUCAAGAGCAUAAAAGAAAUCAACGGCAUUGUUAAAAAUGUCAGCAAGCAGACGCCGCUUGCAUAAAUCAAGUAGCAGAAUGUCAGCUAGCAGUAUGCCAUUGGGUCCAUUUGGUGAGGUUGUUGGUACAACCGGAACUUUGGAGGCCCUUGGAAUUGAUGGCAAUGCAUACAAGAGCAAGGUCAUUGCUCCACGGAAUCCGAAAUUACUAAAACAAGGAGAAGAUGAAGGAUUCAAGAUGACACCAAGCAAGUACAUGUUUGACAUGCAGAUGAAUACAGAGCAAAAGUUGGCGAACACACACACAAUGAAAGUUCCGAGAAAAAUUGAACUCCUUGACAUGGCUGAUACAAGUCUUCAAAAGAGAUGGUCACUUUGUUAUGGGGAACCAGCAGAAUCUGUAAUCGCACUGUUUUCUCAAGUGAAUAUUGACGAGCCGAUGUUUCAACCCUUUCCGUCAGAAAUCUACUUUCAAAAGUUUGAACCAUUUGAGACUUAUGAGGUUCCACUAGUCCUCAGAAAUAAUGAUAGGGUGCCUCGCUUGGUGAAAGUAACACAGGCAGAUUCCCCAUACUUUAAAAUCAUCAGCCCACAUGAUGUUGGACACAAAGUUGGCCCAGGGCUCCCAACAACAUUCAGACUUCAGUUUACCCCAGAUGAAAUCAAGGACUAUAUGCAUGAACUAGUUUGUAUCACAGAGAGAGAAAAGUUCAUAGUACCUGUCAGAGCUAUUGGAGCUCGUGCCGUACUCGACUUCCCUGACGAGAUUAAUUUCCCAAUUGGACCAGUGAAAUACUCUAACACAAAAACCUUGUUGAUAAGAAAUAUUGGCAACAGAGAGGCCAAAUUUACAAUGAAAUGUGAAAAGCCAUUUUCAGUUUCACCAGAAAUUGGAACUCUAGCUGUAAAUGACAGCAUGCAAGUUACAGUUGAAUUUAUUCCCGACAAAGUCGGCGACCACAAGCAAGUUCUUGUUGUACAUUACGACUCAGGAGAGGAUAUUAACAUCAGUUUGUAUGGAGCAGCUCAAGAUGCGAAUGUGCGACUGGACAAAAAUUCUUUACGUAUUGAAAACACGUUUAUUUCGAUGGCCAAUCAGAGGACAGUUACUAUUAGCAACAGGACUGACGUGCUGGCUCGGUUCAGGUGGACCCAGUUUGCAACAAAAGAGGAAGAAGACCAACAAAAAUAUAAAAUCACUGCCUCUCUAGAAGAAGAGGAAAAGACAGACUCUGACAGAUUCCUAGAAGAAUGUAUACAAGAUCCCACUCUUCGAGACAAACUCUCAAUCCUCGGCAGAACUUUCAAAAACAGAAAACAGCUUAUACAAAAUGAUGAGAUGCUGUUUAAUGAUGAUGUAGUAAAGAUCGAACCCUCUGAGGGUGACAUUUGGCCUAACUCUAGUGUUGAAGUAAACAUCAUUUUCAAACCAAGGGAGGCAAAGAGCUACAGCAGGACUGCUUUCUGUGAUGUAACAGGCAGAGAGAGUCGUCUCCCUUUAAGAAUUAAAGGAGAUGGUAUAGGACCAAAAGUUCAGUUCUCGAUAGAAACCCUGGAUAUGGGAAAUAUUUUCAUUGGAUCAAAACAUUAUUAUGAAAUUGUAAUGGCGAAUAAAGGAGAUAUUGAUGCCAUAUAUAGCGUGAUACCAAACCAGUCCGUGUUUGGACCAUGUUUCCAGUUUAAUCCAGCAGAGGGCAUUGUGAUGCCAGGUGGACACCAGGCCAUUCAAGUUUCAUUCAAGAGUCCAUACCUCGGAGAUUUUGAGGAAGAAUUCUCUUUCCAAGUUGAUGGCCAGCCCGAUUUGCUAAAAGUUCUAUUUACUGGAUCCGUGAUUGGGCCAACCUUCCAGUUUGAUGUACCGCGACUCAAAUUUGGAUCUGUAUCAUUUGGUUUUUUGAAUACCAAGAGUUGUACACUGACAAACACGUCUUUGGUUCCAAUGAAGUUCCAUCUCAGGGUCCCUGGUGACGGGGUCACAGACAGUGUUUGUGGGACUAGUGAUCUAGAUAGUGCCCGCAGUGAAAUGGCUUCCCCAUCUUUGGCUUUAGGAGCAGGACCACCAAGGGAGUUUGAGAUUAUUCCAUCAUCAGGAAGUAUUCCACCACAGAGUGAAAUCAAAGUGACUGUGAACUUUAUUUCAAAUACAAUCAAGAAAUAUGAAAUGAAUUUGGUGGUUGAUGUAGACAGUGUAGGUGAAGAGAUUGUUUCACUGCCAAUUACUGCCAAAUGUGUAGUACCACUUAUCACAGUGUUGAGCCCGAUACUGGACUACGGACGAUGUUUCCUAAGACAUCCGUAUGAACAUAGUAUCAAGCUUCACAAUGACUCAGAUCUCCCAGCCAAAUAUGAACUGGUUCAACAGGUCAUUGCCAUGGAUACACCAAUUACUUACAAGAGUCCUCAACCAAAGGGAAUUGUCGAUCCUCACUCUGUAUUGGACGUUCCCCUGAUUAUUGAGGCCCAGGCUUUGGAGGAACAAGACGUUGUAGCACAUGUUUCUAUAUUUGGAAGCCCUGAUCCUCCAAUGCCUGUACACAUUGCCUGUAUUGGAGAGGGACCAGUUGUGCAUGUGAUGCCACUGGACCUGGACUGGAAUGUGAUCCCUGUGCUACAAGACAAACCCAAAAAGAUCUUGCUAUCCAAUGAAUCUCUCAUCCCAGCCAGAUUCACUGCACACAUGGUAAGACCGAAGUCAGUAUAUCGUGUGGAACCAGCUGACGGGGAGAUACCACCUGAGAAGAGUAUAGAGAUCACUGUGGCAGCAUGUCCUGAUGACUGUGUCAGAUUCCACGACAAACUACAGAUCAAUUUCCUUGAGAGUCAGGUACGACAAAUACCACUGGUUUGUUAUGGACAGGGGACAACAAUAGUCUCUGACCCACCACUCACUCCACAUCUAGAUCUUGGACCAAACUUCAGCAACCGGCCAUACUGCAAAGUGUUCCAUCUAACAAACAAAGGGAGACGACACCAACAGUUGGUUUGGAGUAUGGAUGGAUUCUCUCCCAUUGCUAAAGCAAAGAAAGAAAUGCAGAAUUACAAUCCACUAGAUAUGAAGUUCAGGAACCAGCCACCACCCGCACCACCAGCCAGCCCCGUAUUUAAAGUGACACCUAACAGGUUCGAUCUUCCACCAGGAACCAGUAUUGACCUAAAACUGGAGGGAUUUGUUGCAAGUCCACAGUUUGUUAAAGAACGACUGCUAUGUCAUGCCAUUAUUGGACGUCAAGGUGGGAAGGAACUGAUCAUGAAGAUUGAUGUCUCCAGUGAUUUUAUAAGUCCACUCCUCGAAUUCUCAACAAAGAGUGUCUACUUUAGGGUGGAUAAGCAACCUGAGGAUACAUUAGAGGUUCAGACUCGGGAACUGGUAAUCAGUAACGUGUCCAGUCUGCCCCUGACCACUGCACUAAAACUGAACCAACCAUUCCAGAUACUGCUUGAAGAUGGAUCUGAAGUCUCAGAAACUGAAGUGCACUUAGAAGUUGGUAAGACAUAUACCCUGAAGAUUCGGUUUGACCCGGCAUACAAAGAAGAUCUUCAUAUUCGCACCAUAGAUGAGGUUCUCCACAUCACAUACAAGGAACAUCCUCAUAUUGACUACAUUGCCUUGCGAGGUGAGGUGUAUUUCCCGAACUUGGAAUUUGAGAAGUCGGUGAUGGAUUUCGGUUGUAUUUUGAAUGACACAGAGGUUACAAGAUAUGUCAACAUUACCAAUAACAGUCCAAUGGUUGUAAAAUACAGAUGGUCAUUCCUGAUUGGUGAUGAAGAAAAUAAACCAGUUACUGUGAUAAAUCACCCAGUAAAGCCUCCCAGUCCUGUCAUUGAAGAAGUUGUUGUAGAGGAAGAGGAGGAGAUUCAGCAAGAGGCCACGCCCCCUCCAGUGGAGGUGGAGCAACAGGUGGAAGUGAUUAUUCAAGAAGCUACAGAGAUAAAAGAUGAGGAAACAGAAAAAUCUGAAGUCGAACCCACCAAGGAGGAAGGGGAGAUAAUUGACACAACAGGAACACUGUCACCAGUUAAGUCCCCUGAAACCACAAAGGAAGCAGAUGAUAACAAAAGUGUAGACCAGAAGACUGGUACACCAAAUGUCUCUGAAAUGCCUUCAGAGGAUGUGCCAGAAAAGGGUCAGUUAGAACAAGAAGGUACAUAUGAGGAUGAAAGUAAGAAGGCUGAGGGUGCUGACACAACAGGGAUGAGGCUCAGCUUGGAUUCUCUGGAUGGAGAAGAUUUUGACGAGGACCCCCUGAAGACUAAUCGAGCCCUGGCUGCUCUCCUGGAAUCAGAAAGAGGCCAGGAGGCCACUCCUCUUGGUGUAGAAGAGGUUUUUGAUAUUCUGCCACUGUAUGGAACAUUAGAGCCCGGCGACACUGAGCAGGUUACCAUGACGUUCUACGGUCAUGCCGACAUCUGGGGACAAGCAAAGGCUAUCUGUGAAGUGGAGGGAGGACCCACAUACGAGCUCACUCUGAAAGGAGAAGCCUCAUUGGUCAGUUACAGAUUUGACUGCAAGGAGAUUCAUUAUGGAAAACAGAUGUAUGAUCAUGUAGCUACAACAGAAAUAACGUUGGUGAACACUGGUAAAGUUGGCUUUGAGUUCUGCUGUCUGAAUCUUGAUCCUGCCCUUGCCAAGAAGCCCAAGCCUGGCGUACCAAUCAUGGUCCCUCAUGCAGGUUAUAUCGAGCCAAUGAGUGAACAGAAAUUAACCAUCAAGUAUCUACCAGGAGUUCCAGAAAAGUUCAACAAAUGUUUCCGUGUACAAGUGGCACACUUUGAGCCAGAUUUGAUCACAAUACAUGGAGAAGGUGUUUUCCCACGGAUUUCUCUCGAUCUACCUAGAGUUUCAGAUGAUAAAUACACAACACUUGUAAAACAAGCUAAAGAGAAUGUUUAUAAAAGGACAAUGGAAAGUUUUGAUCCCAAAGGUAGCCCCAGUAUUUCCCACCCACUGGGUCAGCACCUGGCCACAGAAAACUUGCUUGUUGCUCAGUCACAGGGCACACAUCAGGAUUUGAUGAAAAAGAGACUAGAGACAUCUGACAAGAAAAAAGGUGAACUGUGUGUGAUGCCAUCGGAACUAGACGUACAGUUGGAAGUCGAAAGACUCGCGGUGAGAAAUGUUGCUCACGAGAUCCAGCAACAAGAGUUUGCCGUACACGAGUCAUACGAUACAGAACCACCUAACAGUAUCGAGAGCAGAGAAACACAGACAACCGCAGACUCUAAAGGAGGUCGCAAAAAGAAAAACAAGCCAAGAUUACCAGAAUACCUUCUAGACUUUGGUUAUGUUGUGCUGGGAACUGUCCGCACACAUAUCGUAAAGGCAACCAACACUGGAUACUUUCCUGCCUCUUUCCAAGUGGAGCGCAACGACUUCCAUCACCAUGGUUUCCAUGUAGAACUUGAUCGUGUCCGCAAUCUUCCAGGUUCACCAGAUUACGAGUCUGUUGACUUUGUUGUCAGCUUUGAUCCAAGGGGAGCUAACUUACCACUAGGUCCAGUUGAGAGUUUUGUGCCUGUUAACAUUUUGAACGGCCCAAUGGUGAUGAUGCAUCUUAAAGCCAAUGUGACAAUGCCUGACAUGCAGAUUUCUGACGACACGCUAGAUUUUGGUGAGGUGAGGUGUGGAGAAUGUCGUGUUGUCAUUGUACAACUGCACAACUACCAGCAUGUGAAAUGUGACUGGAACUCACUGCCAUCAGAGAAAGAUAGAAAUAAGAGGUCAAAUUUUAUUCUCGGCAAGGGUGACAAGCAUGUUCCUAUGCAUCUGAGAAGAAAGAGCAAGGCAGAUAAGUCCAAACCUCGCCAUUUUGAGAUAAUGCCACCAACAGGGACUCUUAUGCCAGGACAGAGACUCAACGUGCAAGUCAAGUUUAUGCCAAGCGAAGAGAAAUUCUACGAGCAGCGUAUCCCGAUCAGGAUCGCACAGAGCAGCCAGAGGAUAUUGUUGCUUUGUAGAGGUCAAGGGUCAGAACCUCGUCUUGAUUUUGAUUUGAACAUGAUGCAGUUUGGACCAAUUCUGCCUCAUAGUGUUGGUGAUGAAAAAGAGGUUAUUGUGAAAAACCCAUGCGCUUUUCCAAUAGAGGUCUACAACCUUGAGUUUGACUCUCAGUACCUGGAGGAAGAAAAGAUGCUUCGAUUAAUGAAAGGGUAUGAUGAAUAUAACACAAUACUGCUCCCACCCCGACCUCCAGGGGAGAAACUGCCACCAGAACUACUCGAGUAUUACGAAGAGCAAAUGUUGAAACUUGAAGAGAGUGAGAAAGCUCGACGUGAAGCUGAAGAACAAGAAGAAUCUGCUAGAAGAGAGGCCGAGGAUAGAGAUAGAGAAGAAAAUGGUGAGGAAGGUAAAGAUAAAGAGGAUGGUUCAGACAAGACAGACGUUGCUCAUACACAAGACGGUACAAUCACUGCAAGAUCAAGAGCCGAAUCUCUCGCUGACACUACCAAUGGUCUCGAUGAUGCCAAAUCUAAACAUGAAUCUGAAGAUGGAAAAGAUACAUCCAGCAGUGUAGGUGUAGGGGAGAUGGAGAUCACACCAGUGUCUAAGGCUGUAGCAAGACAUCUAGGAAUUGACCUCUCAGAUGAGGGCAAGGCAGCUCGUAACAGACGUGGUAUCGCUUGCAUUGUUAACGGAGCCCCACUUUCAGGAAAGACAGCCACAGCUAUAACGCUUGCUAAACAGUAUGAAGCUGCAUUGUUAAGUAUAGAUAAUGUCGUACUUGAUGCCAUCUCCAACGGUAACACGAGUUCCGGUCUCAAGGCACGUGAAAUGUGUGCUGAGGCUGCACGUAAACGUAUGGAAGAGAUUCGUGCAUUGGAAGGAGAUGAUGGAGAGAAGAAAGUAGCAGGAGGUUUGAGCGUGGAGGCAGUGGCAGCUCAUACACAAGGUGCAACAGGUGGAGUGAAUGUAAGCGCCGCCCACUCCAUGGUGAGCAAUCGUAAAACAAGUACAAUUACAGAUGUGAAGGGACUGAAAGACAAACAUGGCAGCGUUCUUGGCGGGAAGACCAACAUCAACACGUCCUCAAUUGAAGGGGGCACAGGAAGUCAGGUACCAAGCAGUCCUCCCCCACUGGCAGCCCCUAUAGCUCGCAGACUGAGCGUGAGCGCUAGCGUAGCUGGAGAAGAAGGCCUGAUGAGCUGCGUAUUACCUGAAGAACUUCUUGUUGAAAUUCUUGCUGAACGUUUACAGUUGAAUGACUGUCACCGAGGAGUUGUGUUUGAUGGGUUGGAGACCCUGUUUGCUCAGAAUCAGCACACAGCAGCAUCCGCAGUCCUCAAGGCUCUCAACAACAGAAGAUUUAUCUAUUUUAUCACUCUCAAACUGGACUACAACCAUCUAAAGGAACAAGAAAAGAAAGACAAAGAGGAAAAAGAGCGUCAGGAUAGAGAAAGAGAGGAAGAAGAACGUAGACGAUUAGAGGAAAUGUCAGAAGAUGAAUAUGAUGCUCUUACAGAAAAAGAAAAAGCUGAGGUCGAUAGGAAACGACUGGAAAUUAAGAAAGAGAGAAUUAGGAAAAUUUACGGUUCGGCCACAAGUUAUAGACGAAAAGAGAAAGAGGCCAAAGAAGAAGAAGAGAGACUGAGAAGAGAGAAGGAAGAAGAAGAACAAAGACUGAGAGAGGAAGAAAGAAAAGGAAAGAAGGGCAAGAAAGCAGCUAAGGAUGUGAAGGACGAUCCAGGCAAAGAUGGUAAGAAAAGUCAGGCUGCUGGAAAAGGUGUUUCCGCUAGUCAGGAGAAAGUCAAGAUUGGUGGGAAACAUGAUAUAGACCACACUGUAAGCAAAACAGGAUCAAACACAGAGAGACCCGAGUCACAUCAGACUGAAAAAAGUGACAGUCAAACAGCCGCAGAUGCUGAUAAGAAAGGAAAGAAGGGCAAGGAUGGGAAAGAGAAGGGUAAAGGAGAAAAGGGGAAAGACGGGGAAGCAGGCCCGGCUGAAGAAGUUCCAAGAGACCCCAUUAAAGAGGCUGAACUCUUGUUGAUGCAGAGAUUCCGCACAUUUGAAGUAAGUCAGAAAGAGAUUACAGAACUUGUAGAAUAUUGGGACCGCCUCACACUAGGACUCAAAAGACCCCGAACACCAUCAGAAAGAUCAGAUGAAGAUGGUCAGCACCAGCACCCACCAUCUGGCAAGAAGGGGAAAGGCAAAGCUGACAUAAGCUCCGAUGUUCUGAGGGAAAAGGUUAACCGUAGAUACUCACUACAGCCUCAGUCUACUGAGGAUUUAUCCACAAGUUCAAUGGGUCAUCGUCGCCGGCAUUCUGAAUAUGAAAGUACCGCCCCUGCAUGUGAGACAAGUGUCCCUGCAAUAACAGUUCCUUCUUUACCCGACAAGCAUGACAAAGAAAAGGCAGAGAAAGAAAGACAAAAGCAGAUAGAAAAAGAAAAUGCUGAGAGAUUGGCAAGAGAGGCGGCUGAAGCAGCUAAAGCAGCAGCUGCAGCUCAGGCAGCCGAGGGUGAGGAUGGCGAGACCGUUGAUGGUUCUCAGGAGAAAGAAGAAGAUGUGAUUGGUGUUCCACACAUCAUUAUAGAUGUACAUGAGAGGUCAGCAACACCCAGUCAGAAAGUCCUGACCUCUGGCAGGCUGCCAACUGUAGAAGAGGUUCUUGAUGGCCUGGGUCUCGGACCUAAGGGACCACCAAUCCCUCCACCAGCAAACUUCAGUGUUGUACCGUACCCAGUAAAGAGACGUGCUCCAGGAGUAUCAGAGUUUGGCGGCAGAUAUGUCUUUAUUGCAUCUUCUCCUGAUGAUCCGAAUAUUGGAAUGAUUGAGACAAAGGAGUCGGAGCAGGAGGAAGAGAAAUCGGUGACCCCAGACAAGGGCAAGGAUGAUCAUCCGACCCCUACUAAAGGCAAAGGUGGCAAAGACAAAAAAGAGGACUCGAAAAAAGAUGCCGGAAAAGAUAAGGAGAGAAAGAAAAGUGCAGAAAGGAAAACAACAUCUAAGGGUUCACGUAGAAAUUCUAUUGUCCCACCCUCACCACCACCAGGACAGACCACGCCUAUCUCAGAUGGUGAUGCUCUAAGCACGGUGGGUGAUCUGUCGUCAUUAACAGAAAAUAAAACUGCAAAACUGACAAUUUUCCGAUGGAUAAUUCCUGCCCAUGGAGAUAUUACACUGAGACUCCGUUUCCAGUCUGAGGAACUUGGCCAGUUUGAUCAGACUCUCAACUUUGAAAUUGUGGGAACCAGACGACGGUACCAGCUCUACUGCAGAGGAAUAUGUGCCUUCCCCACAAUCAGCAGGGAACCAAGAAUCGUUUUUGCCCACCGUAAGAAGAGUAAGAAGCUUGAUGAGAUUGUACACAAGAAGUACAUCCUGACAUCAGAGACAUUUGAGUUUGGUCCACUCCUCGUCGGUAGAAACAGAGACAGGUAUAAGGAGGGAAGAUUUCCAGAGCAUAUGGAAACGUUGACAAUAAAGAAUACAUCACCACUUGAUGCUGAUAUCAGUUUCUGUUACCUACAUGACAGUAAGGGUGAAACAUUCCUCCUCGAUCCACCGACCAUGAUGCUGAAACCUGGUGACCAGUCCGAUUUGAAUAUUUGGGCAUACCCGAUGGUCCCGAACCACUACGAGGAUUCUAUUGUGUGUUGUAUAAGGGAGAAUCCAGAACCUGUGGUAUUCAAAGUUUGUUGUGAUGCUUUCCGUCCAGAACUUGACCUCGAUAGGAAACAGCUGCACUUUGACAGAGUACUACUCCACAGGAAAGACACAAAGACGAUUUACUUAAGGAAUAGCACACAGAUCCCAGUGCACUGGAAACUGAGUGGACUGGACAUGCUGGGCGAGGAUUUCACAGUGGCAGCUGAUAGUGGUAUUGUAGAGCCCAAGUCUGAGUAUGCACUGAAUGCCUACUUCAGGGCCAUGAAACCAGUCAACUCUAUGAAGAAGAUGAUCAGACUUGAAAUAUCUGAUGCAGAAGAAACCAUGGGAGUGAUAAGAACAGAACCAAUACAGGUGAUUGCAGAAGCAUAUGAUGUUGCUGUGGAUAUAGCAUUCCCUAAAGGAACUGAUGGUGGCCUUGACUUUAGUACUAUCAAGGUCAUGGAUGAGGUCAAACAGACAUGUACACUGAAAAACAAAGGCAAAUAUGACAUCCAGUUCAACUUCCUUUUUGAAAACUGUGAUCCGUCAAAUCCAAACGUAACAAGCCUUUUCUCGGUGAUUCCGUCAAAGGGUGUUCUUUGCCCACAGGACAGACAGACUGCUGUGCAAGUCAUCUUUAAAUCCAAUAAAGAAGUUACAGUCAAGGACCAGCCAAUAUUGAAAUGUCAAGUCAUAGAACCAAACAUCGCAGAAGAGGGAGAGCUGAUUGCUAGUAUACCGGUCAAAGUCUCAGUGAAAGCUGUUUUCAAUAAGUACAACAUUUUGCCAAUGAGUGACAUCAACUUUGGUUCACUGUUAGUAAACAGCAAGAAAACACGAACAUUUAUCAUUGAGAACAAGGGAGAAUUUGAUUUUAAGUAUCAGAUAUCUAAAAUGGUGAAGGAACCCGCGCAACAGCCUGGUGCCCGCUCAACAAGACCUUCUGAAGCCUCAAGUUAUAGUAGAUUGAUGCCUUUACGGGGCACCAGUAAAAUGAUAGAUUCCUAUGCCCAUAUCCCUGGAAUGCAAGACUGGAACCGUGUGCCUGUAAAAGGAGAUAAGCGUACAAAGUCUCGUGAUGGGUCUAGCUCAGGCAGGUCAGUUGCCAAACCAAAGAAAACUGAUUCGACCAGUGAACAAUCCCCUAGUGUCAUACAGAAACCAAGCAUGAUCGGUACGCCAGGAAAGUUUGGAAGGGAUCAGCCCAAUGCUGGUAUUAAUAGUGCCAUGCGUGGAAAAUUUAAUAUGUUCCAACCUAACAGACAAGAGAUGGGUGGACAGUCCAAGUUACAGCUUGGAGCAUUUACCAUAUUCCCAGCAUUUGGCAUCAUUCUACCAAACGGCCAUCAAACCAUCACAGUCGACUGUGUGGCAGAGUCUCAAGGAAGAUUUGAUGAGGAAUUGAGUAUAGAUAUAGCCGACCGUGACCCUACAGACCAUCCAGGUGGGAUCUCUUACAAGUUGCUGGCUGAGGCUUGCAUACCAUCCAUUAAUGUUGAUGACCUUGGUGCGAUCUUUGAGGAACACCGUGUCUGCAAGAACCUGAGCGUCUGGCAACACUCGAACUCUCUUGAGAGUAGUGGAGUUUAUGCAGAAGAUGAGAAGAAAUUUGUCUUCAACAAUGUAAUAGUUGGACGUAAAGCUGUUGCUAGAUUCAAGAUCUCUAACAACCAGAAGGUUCCAUGUGAUGUUGUAUUCACUGUUAAACCACUAGGAGCCAAGAGUCGCCAACAGGAUAUCUUUGAGGUGGAGCCAGCACGGGCUCAGAUCAUGAACCACAGUUACGUGUACGCUACUGUGACCUUUACACCUCCUUCCAUGCAGAGUUUCAGUGCUCUGUUUGAGGCUGUAAUUGAUGGACUGUCACCGAACCAGGCUCGCGGAAAGACACUCACAUUUGAAGUAGCGGGUGACGGCAACCUACCAAGAAUCUCCAUUACUAAACCUACUGUAAGAAACAAGAGAGGACAACCAUUGCUCUUGUUCAAGAAAAAUCUUGUAGGUAGAACAGAGUCCCUGCCCUUAGUUCUGCUUAAUGAUGGAACACUGCCAAGUAAGGUUGACAUAGACCUCAUAGAUCCUGACAGAGUGUUCAAACUUGUUCCUGCAGCAGAUACAAAUGCCAUCAUGGCUGACGAUGACGAUGAAGAUGCUUCAAGAAGGCCUCACACUGCCUCGGUCAAUGUAAAUGUUGGUGAGACUGUUGCGUUUAAAGUCAAUUUCUGCCCAACAACAAUCCAGCGGUCCCAGGCUCACGUGCGUGUGUCAGUUAUCGACAACCAAUACGAGGACUCUGUCAUACAGCUUGUUGGUGAGGGAUAUGAAGACGAGAUCUCACUGGACAAGAUCAACAGUGUAGAUGUACCCAUUGACCCAGAGAGUGAGGAAGGAAACAUGGCUGAAGAUGAUGUUUCAGCUGCAAAACCAAAUCUGAUACGUUUUGGUGACUGUUUCAUCAAUGAACCUCGCACAUUGAGCUUCUCAAUGACCAACCAUUCCAAGACAGACGCGAUCCGCUUCCAGUGGCCGGAUCAUCCACAGCUGAAGUUCUCGCCAACUGUAGGUCAUCUCCAUACCAACAGUAGUAAAGAUUUCACCGUGACCUUCAAGUCAGACCAGCCAAAGACACUUCAAGAGUCUGCAGUGCCAUGUAAGGUGACCAAGAUUACCUUCAGCAAACAAGGACAGAUGGCAGACUGGGAUGAUCGUAUUCGCACUGUUAAAUGGGUAGAUGUCCCCUCGUCACCCGCAGAAGGCAGCACUGCUGGUACCAAGACUGCCACCACAGCAACUCCACGCCCUGCAAAGAGAAAGGUGGUGGAGACAGAGCCGGAACCUCCGCACACCGAAGUGGCAGACUCUGCACGUAACGUUGAGCUUCUGGUCAGUGCCGUGGCUGAAUACAGUAAAUACAAAUGUAAACUGGACAGUAUCAACUUCAGGGAAACUCUCAUGUUCCAGACCAGAGUUUAUGAGUUCACAAUGAGCAAUAAAGGUUCUGUACAGCUCGACUAUAGUUGGCAGGUGGUAAUGGAGAACUUCACUCCAACCAUACAACGUGCUGUGACCUUCAUCUCUGAGGGUGACAGGCCCGAGUCUCGUGUAGAUGUUGUUGAUACACAGUAUAUUCCAUUUACCAUUGAACCAGAGUAUGGUACCAUAAUGGCUGGAAAGAAACAAACAUUCUCCCUCAAGUUCACUCCCUUGGAUGCUAACGAUUACGAAGGCAGAUUAGUCUGCACAAUUCCCAAUUUGGAGAAGAACUCUCAAGGUCCAGUGCUAGGUAUCAAGGGUAAAAGUUUGAUGCCAUAUUGUCACUUUGAGCUGGAAGACUCCGAUUACAUCACAAAUGCCCGACGUAACCCGGAGAUGAGAGGUCCAGGUGGUGCACCUCCAGGAACAACGUUAGACCCCAAUACCAGAGUGAUAGAGUUUGAAACAACUGGAGUGUCUGUGAAAUGUACAAAAUCGUUUGGUAUUGUGAACCCAACUAGUCAGGUAUAUAGUUACCAAUGGAUAUGUGAGGAUGAGGUGGACCCAAAGAAACCCUCAGCAUUCCUUUGUGUGCAACCUAAAGGACAGAUAAGGAGCGGAAAGAAAGCAACAGUAACAUUUGAGUACAGUGCGACACAGCUGGACAUCAUGGAGUCAUUCUGGAGAUUUACUAUACCUGAACAGAACAUCAACAUUCCGUUCCUGCUUGUAGGUCAGGCUAAGGAACCAGACAUCAUCAUGGACAGAUCACACAUGAACUUCAAGGCUCUCCUUAUAGGUCAUGAAGCCAAGGAGACUGUUUGGCUGAUAAAUAAUGAGAACCAAUCAUUCCACUUCAAUUUUGAUGAAGACUCCACCCACUCAGCUGGUUACUCCGCCCACUUGUUUGUUGAGCCAAUGGCUGGACAGUUGCCUCCAAAGUCAAAGAUUCCAGUUGAUUUAUACUUUACACCAAACUCAGACAAAGAGGUUAAUUUUAACCUGACAUGUAAUGUUCGACGUAAAACUCUACCUGUCACACUGAAUGUGAAAGCAGAGGGGUAUUCCAUGGAUUGUACCUUGCUGUGUGAGGAUUCCCUCGGUAACAGAGUAGAAUUAUCACCUGAUGGUCUCAGUCAAAUCAACUUUGGUGAGGUUGAAGUGAAUGAGCAACAAAUUCGUAACCUGUUCAUACUGAAUUCUGGCAAGUUCAACUUUGACUUUAACUGGGAGUUAAACAUGGCCACCAAACGUAAAGACAUGGUCUCAAUGACACCAAUGUCAGGUGGUGUAAACCAUGGAGAAAGGAAGAAGUGUAUUCUGUCUUUCUGUCCAUCUUCAAGAAUGACACUGAGAGACUCAGAGCUUGCUCUCAAGAUUUCCCAUGGACCAUCAUUCCAUAUUGCACUGAAUGGUCUGGGUGUGAGCCCAGGACUGCACUUCUCCUUCCUGACAGCCAACUUUGGUAGCUGCUUCAUCUACCGUGCUGGCAUGCCCUCUCAUACCAAGGUGCUCAAACUCACAAACAAGGACAAAAAAGAAAUUAGUGUUGAUUGUUUAUACACUCCAACAAAUCACCUACACCACACGUUUGAAGCAUGUGUGAUCCAGCCUGGACAGUCGGUCGAUGUAGCAUUCACAUUUUAUCCAAGAGAAGCCAAGAAGUACAAGGAAAUUGUCACAUUUGAAAUCAACGGUCUCUCAAAACAGGACAUUGAAAUCAUGGGACAGGGCACAGAGAUGAAGAUUGAAGUAGCUGAUCCAAAACACAAGAUGUUGAACCUAGGUGCCCAGGUAGUUGGCAAGGUUGUGAAACGUUAUAUCCCAAUAAUCAACAACAGCCCAGCAGCUAUCACCUUCACGCUGGCCUUGACCCCUACAACCCCAGCACUGCAACAACCCGGGGUGCUGUCAAUUUCACCUACACAUCAGAUCACACUAGAAGGCAAGGGCGGGACUUGUAAGGUGGAGGUUAUCUUCAAACCCACAGGCAGGAUACCUCAGUUCAUGGAAGAGGUAUUAUUAGAGUGUGCAGGUCUGUCCCAGCCCCUGUUUGUGAUGCAAGGUUCAUGUCUCGGCAUGGAGAUCUCGCUUGAUACUGUAGCUAUACCAUUCGGUGCUGUAGUUCAGCGCAGUCAGACCUCUAGGAAGAUUGUCAUGGCUAACACAGGAGACAUGAAUGCUAAAUUCUGUUGGGAUAUAAACAGUUUCAAACCAGAUUUCUCAAUAUACCCAGUGGAGGGAUACAUCACUCCAGGCAUGGAAGUCACAUUUGAAGUAUUCUUCCACCCACAAGAAAUAAACCAGGAUAUUAGAUACGAUAAACUGAGAUGUUUCCUGGAAGGUGGUCCACAUAAGCCAGUGACCUUGACAUUGACUGGAACCUGUAUUGGUAACCCACCAGUGCGUGAAGGUCAACAUUUCUCAACUAAUGUGAGAGUCAAGGACACUAAAAACUUGACCAUUCCAAACCGUAGCAACCAGACAUGGCAUUUGAAACCCAUCAUUGAGGGUGAACAAUGGAGUGGACCGGUAUCCUUCGUCGUAGAACCACAGCAGACAAAACAAUAUGAGCUAACAUACUUCCCACUCACCAUGACCUCGGAGGGGAAAAAACACCAAGGUUCCAUCUUUUUCCCGCUGCCAGACGGAACUGGUCUCAUGUUUAACCUCGUUGGUACAGCAGAAGCUCCAAGACCCAGUGGCAAGGUUCAGCGGGAUAUACCAAGCAAAACUUGGUACAAUGAAAUGCUACCGGUACAAAACUGGCUCAAGAAACCACAGAGGUUUCGAGUGAAGGUAGAGCCUAUGAGACAGGAGAAGUUUGAUACAGGUACCCAGAUCAAGUCUAUGGACUAUAUUGAUGUACCAGCAAGCAGUAAGAAAGACUACAAACUAUCAUUCUAUGCCUACAAGGAAAGCAUUACAUCAAUGAAGGUAACAUUUAUCAAUGAGCCAUCUGGAGAAUAUCAAUACUAUGAAGUGACCUUCAAGGCAACACGACCUGGUGUAAUCUCCACUAUUGACCUUGUGACCCCUGUCAGACAGAGCGUCCAUCAUAAAAUCAAGCUGGACAACCCGUUGCCACAAGCGGUCAUCUUUACUGCAUCCUGUAAUGUACCAGAAGUCCUCAUGCCCAGCACACUCAAUGUACCACCUAACUCAAGUGCUGACUUUACCUUGGAAUACCAACCUUUGAGAGUUGGAGAGAGCACUGCAAGAUUGGAGUUCAGCAACAAUGAACUUGGCUUCUACUACUACGACCUCAACUUAAAGGCCACCUCAGCCGGGCCAGAGAGGGCACUAUACUUCAGGACUUGCCUGGGUCAGAGCCAGGUCCAAGUGGCAAAGUUCUUGAACUUUGCAAAACAAAAGACUGACUACACAUGCAAGGUUGAUAAUGGAGAUUUCCAUGUUGACAAGACAGUAGCAGCAGCCCCAGGCUCCACUGGCGGGACAGAAGUUGGUCUUGAUGUCUCAUUUGAACCAUCACGCCUGGGUGAACAGAGAGCUUUGUUGGUAGUGAGCUCUCCAGUUGGUGGCGAGUACAGCUUCCCACUCUUUGGUACAUGUAUCGCGCCAAAACCGCAGGGACCGUUCAUUAUUAAGUCUGGAUCAACAACAACUAUAACAUUUAGAAACGUCUUCAGUAGCACAACCGCAUUUACUUUCCAAGUUGACAAUCCUAUGUUCCAUCUUGUGAAAACAAGUGAAAAUAUUCGGUCUCGUAAAGAUCACAGAAUUUCUGUAGGAUUUGACGGAAACGAUGUUGGAUCGAAAGCAGCUGUUAUGGGAAAACUUAUCGUUACAUGUCCAAGAUCAGCUGGCGGAAAUUCUAAUGUACAGUGGGUGUAUUAUCUUAAAGGUGUUACUCAGUAAAUCGGAACUUUGGCUAUAUCUUUUGAAAAUAUGAAAAAAUUAUUCUGACAUAUACUUUCAAAAUAACUGAAAACGUUGUGUUUAGAAAAAUGACAAGUUGUGACUCUUAAAAUGUGCUAUUACGUAUUUUGUAUAAAAUAAAAUAUGAACUGUUUGUAAUUAUGUUUGUUGCACUUUUCUGAUCAAUUCGGCUUUAUAGUUUAUAACUGAUGUAAGUUUGUAAAUUUAUAUAGAAUCACAUACAGUACAACUUGGCAAUUAAGUUACUGCCACUAAAAUAUGAAUGAAAGAGAAUAUUACUUGUAACUGCCUUUACAAGUCCAAUAUCCCAGCAUGUCUGCAAUGAUUGUGUAUUAAUUUUAUAGCAUUCUGACAUGAAUCUUUUCUUAUUUUAUACUAAAGAAUAGAAUAAGUAUAUUGUGCAUAGUGCAGCUGUGACUAUUGUAGUAUCACAUUGUUUCAGAAGUUCUGAAUUUCUUAUUCAUUGUUGUCUAUGAUUGAUUAAGGCCUGUUUGAAACAAAUAUAUUUUGUCUGUUGAAUUGUAUUCCGUCCAAGUGUUUAUAUACGUCAAUAUAGUAAAAACGCUACAGUACACGACUGCUGUUGGAAAGUCCAUCCUAACUUUAAAUAUUUAUUAAGUACAGUAUUUCCAAGAUGAUUAUUAUUUAUACGAUAACAUUCCAUAAUUUACAAAUGUAUUUAUUACCAGUUUUGUUGUUAUACAAAUAUUGUCUAGAUAUUAUGUCGAGAGAUAUAUUAAUGAUGCUAAAAACUGCUGUGAUAUUUUUAUCAAUUUUCUAUGUAAAACAGUAUGGUUGCUGUCUGGUCUUAUACUAUUAUGAACUUCACAUUAAAUCAUUUUCUGUGAAA